AUGAUCUAUGGUUGUCUAUCCCUGCCUCCAACUGGCCCUUCGACGAGCGACCGAUCUACUUCUCUUUUUCCUUUGCUGAAAUCCACUUCACAAUGUGGUCCUCACCGCGCAAAGACUGUCACCUCUCUUGCUCAUGGUCCUCUGGCCGCUGCCGCCUCCACUCCCGGCAACGAGGAACUUGACGCUGUUGAUGGCAGAGAUCCGGUCACAGGCGGCGGUGGUCUCCUCCUCUCGGACUUGGUGCGUGCCUCUUUCGGCACCUCAUCGAGCCCAGCCUCGGCGCCGACGGCACCGGAUUCGCAGACCAUUGGGAUCGGCUCUAUCGGCCGAUCCGUGGUAGCCGGGUCAGCCUCUUCAGUAGUUGUGCCGGCUUCUGUCGGGCCUGUCGGUUGCACCGCAUCCGACGUGUUGCCAGGCCCUGUCGGAUCGAGCAUUCUGAGUUAG